AUGCCUUCUCCACCUAAGAGAUCUUCAAAGCCCAGCAUGUCUCCGGCAUCCACUGGACCUUCCGUGCCCACUGCAGCUUCCACACCUCCUGCCUCCUUCAAGACCAAAUCAGCAGUACCCAACAGGUUGUCAGUGCUCACCAAGCCAUCAACAUCCCCCAACUUGGUCAUGAGCCCAAGCAGUUCCAAGUCCACCAAAUCAACAAGUACAAAGAGAGCCCCUUCUAAGCCACCCAGCAGCAGGUCCCGAGUCCACAGCAAGGUGAGAACACCCAGAAGGGUAAGCACCGACACCAGGGCCAGCACCGACUCCAGGGCAAGCAAAGCCAGCAAGGCCAGCGGUGUGAGACAUCACCAGCAGAGGAGCACACAAAGCCGGGGCAGAACUCCUGGCAGAAGAGGAAGCCGCAGCUCCAAGAGGUCACCCAGCAGGGCCAGCACUUCCAGCAGGAUGAGAACUCAUGGUGCCAGACCAGGCAUGGCCAACAGGGUGAGAACCCCUACUUCCCAGCAAAAACAGAGUCGGGGUAAGAGUUCCAGCCAGCGUAGAACCAACAACCAGGAAAGGAGUGACAGCCAGCCUAGAAGUAUGAGCAGGGAGAAGAGUUACAGCCCACCAGGAGCCUCGGGUAUGGAAAGGAGUUCCAAGCUGGCUAUAACCCCAAGCAGGGCAAAGAGUCACAGCCCAACUAGAACUCCCUUCAAGGAGAAGAGUUACAGUCAUUCUCCACCGUCACUGAGGAGGGUGAAGAGUUACAGUCAGAUGAUCACCCCCAGUAGAGAACAGAGUUACAGCCCAAUUGAAAUGCCAAGCAGGGUCAAGAGUUAUAAGCAGGCUAGCACCCCCAGCAGGACCCAAAGUCACAGCUCUGACACCUCGUCUAAAACCCCCAGAAGGGGAAGAAGUCGCAGUCGAAAGAGGACUUACAGUAGGGUGAGAAGUCCCAGUUGGAAGAGAAACCAUAGUAGGGCAAGAAGUCGCACCCCGAAGGGUACUCCCAGCCAGAUGAGAAGACAUAGCCAGUCUAGAAUCCACAGCAAGAGAAAAAGUCAAAACCAAUCUAGAACCCCCAGAAGGGAAAUAAGUCACAACUGGUCUCGAUCCCCCAGCAAAGAAAAAAGUCACAGCCAGUCUAGAAGCCCUAGCAAGGAAAUAUAUCAUAGCCAAUCUAGAACAUCCAGCAAGGAGAGAGGUCAUAGACGAUCUAGAACCACCAGUAAGAAGAAAGAUCACAGCCGAUCUGGAACCCUCAGCAAAGAGAGAGAUCACAGUCAGCAAUCUAGAAUCCCCAGCAAGGAGAGAGACUGCAGCCAAUCUGGAACUCCCAGUAAGGAGAGAAAUUGCAGCCAAUCUGGAACCUCCAGCAAGGAGAGAGGGAACAGCCAAUCUAGAACCCCCAGCAAGGAGAGAGAUCCCAGUCAAUCUACAAUCUUCAGAAGUCUCAGUUGGAAGAGUUCACCUAGCAGGACAAGGAAUUCCAGUCAGAAUAGAACCCCUAGCAAGACAAGGAGC